GUCGGGCUCCGGCGCCUAGAACUUCCGGAGUGGGAGGGGGAGGCCGAGGUGACCCCAGGAGCCGCGGCUCAGGCUGAGGCCUCAGAGGCGGCCGUCGCGAUGGGUUCGCACCUGACUCGGCGCUACUUCUGGGACGCGGAGGCGGAGCCCGACCCGUUGCACAUGCCCACCUUUCCCCCGGAAUACGGCUUCCAGGGACGCAAGGAGCGAGUGAUGGUGGCCACACAGCAGGAAAUGAAUGAUGCACAGCUGCUGCUGCACCACCGGGAUUACUGCGCUCACCAUCUCAUCCGACUACUCAAGUGUAAGCGGGACAGCUUUCCCAACUUCCUGGCCUGCGGCCAUGAGAAGCACGUCUGGGACCUCUGCGAGCACCAGGACUAUGUGGGUCGUAUGAAAGAGUUUGAGCGAGAACGGCGUUUGCUGGCACGACAAAAGCGGCGGGCGAAGAGUGAAGCUUCAGAGCCAAAAUAGCCACAAUUAUACGGAGACCCCAGCUCUUUUCCCCCUGUACCAGCUGGAUAAAUAAAUACUGUUUUGACCUUCCAGGCCCA